CAUUAUCUUCGAGCUAUGAGUAAAACUAUAAUACCCAGCAUUCCACUGCCGCCUGCCGGAAAAGGAAAACGCAUGGAUGUAUGUGUUUACAAUCUUUCUUAACAAGCUUAAGUUCGCAGGUGCUGUUCCUCAUGAAACAAGUGUAGGCGAUACCGGCAAAAGAAAAUAAUGACACAUGUAUUAUUCGCUACUACUCAUUUAGUACGAUAUAACAGAAUGUGUUUGUUUCGUACUUGUAGAACAGGCGGGGAAGCCAAAUAAUCUGUCGCAUCGUCAGGCCACCCACCCACCAUAUGCAGCAGUGAUUUUUAAGAAGUGGGACAAGCGAACAGAUGGCGCAUCUAGGCUGCGCGCGACAGGGACACCUACAGUGUUGAAACAGUGUUGGAUAUGAACAAGGGAGCUUGUAAAGGCGUGUUUUAUGUAGUCUACAUCUUUGCCAUUUCUGAGUGGAUUGGAUAAUAUUACAUCGCAGAAUUUCCCACUGCCUCUUGAACCGUUGCUUGAGCCUACUCUACUUUGGCGCGGGUAUUGGAAAACACGUAGUGACAGGGCCAUCGCCACCGGUAGCUAUAAUCAGAGAGGAAGAGGCGAAGCGAAGCCUUUGCUAUAAUCUCCUAUUUGACAUCUCUCUCAGUUGGUAAACAAUGGUUGACAACCGUUAUGCCACGGCUUUGGUUAUCAGCUGUGUGCUCAGCGUGCUGGCUACGGUGUACCUGUCUGUAGCGGUUGGGACGCAGCACUGGUACCAGUACACCAGUCCCUCGGUGCGCGGCGAGGCCAACAUAUCCGAACUGCGGUCGCUGCAUGAUGAAUUCAUGGACGGGGAAUUCGAUGAGAAGACCUACAGUGACACGCUCUUCCGUCUCAACGGGACCAUAGGCCUCUGGUGGCGCUGCGUUCUGGUGCCACCUCUUACCCACUGGUACAAGGAGUCAGAUCCAAAGAUGGUGAUGAAGUGUGUUACCUUCACGUUAACACAGCAGUUUACCCCAAAGUACAAAGAGCCAGGGAAUCACAACAGUGGAGAGGACAUGCUGCGGACCUACUUGUGGAGGUGCCAGUUCCUGCUGCCAUUAAUCUCCUUAGGUCUGGUGGUGCUGGCAGGCUUGAUAGGGUUCUGUGCCUGCCUCUGCCACAGUCUCACCCCCACCCUGGGCAUAGGAAUGCUCCACCUACUGGCUGGGCUGUGUACUCUAGCCACAGUGUGCUGUUACCUGGCAGGGAUGGAUCUCCUCCACAGGGUCUCUGUGCUGCCAGACAAGGUGGACGGCUCCCUGGGCUGGUCCCUCUACCUGGCCCUCAUCUCGUCCCCGCUGCACAUGAUGGCUGCCGCCCUGCUGGUGUGGGCGGCACGCAGCCACAGUCAGAACUACUACCGCAUGACUGCCUACAGGGUAGCAUAGAGACCAGGUCUGCUGGUGCCUGACUAUCUGUUUUAUAUAGGCACAUUUCCAAAUCAAAACCAUAACUCCAACCACAUGAUACUUGUUGAUCUUGAAAUAACUGAAUAGGUAUAUAGAAAAUGCUAAUCUUUGCCCUCUGAUAGGCUACUGGGAUUUUCACCCUAUUGUUUUCACACAGUUGCUUAGCCAGUCAUUUCAGAUCUAUAAAAGUGCCUAGUGUAGGGAUGAGGAGUUGAAAUUGGGAAACAGAGUGACCCAGAACAAAAUGUACAAUUGGUUAGACCAACAAGCAUAUAAUUAUUUAUAAUAGACUUUCCAAACCGUAACCAGCCACAGUCAGAGCUGCUUCCAUUCGACUUUCAUAUGCACUAGCAAGAAAUGUUAUUGGCCCAUGUUUGGAAAAUCAAACCGUUCUGAAAGAAAUAUGUUUAUGGCGAUUGAAGUUAUGUCCAAACAUUUGAGUACAGUACCAGUCAAAAGUUUGGUCAGACCGACUCAUUCCAGGGUUUUCUUAUUCUACAUUGUAGAAAAAUAGUGAAGAAAUCAAAACUAUGAAAUAACACAUAUGGAAUCAUGGAGUAACCCAAAAAAUGUUAAACAAAUGAAAAUAUAUUUUCUAUUUUAGAUUCUUCAAA